AUGUUUCAGUGCUCUCAUUGCGACAAGUCCUAUCAGAGAAAGAGUCACCUGCUUCGGCAUGAGGCGACGCGUACGCACUGCUCUUCCCCUUCAGAGCCGGGGGCCUUUCAAAAGCAGGAGGUCGCACGACGACAUAGUAAGAUUUGUGCAAGGAAGUACAAUAGACCCUCACCGCCAGCGUCUAAGCCCGGCCGGAAGAAACGCUCCUGUGAUGAGUGUACCCAUGCCAAAACAGCCUGCGACAAGAACUCACCAUGUUCUCGCUGUAAAGCCUUGGGUCGGCAGUGUUCUUUCGGAAGUGUGACAUCUUCGCCUACAACUCUCUGCUUGACAUCUGUCCCACCUUCACCAGCAUUCUCGCACAAUUCACUCGCAAGCAGGAGGUCGUUCUUCUUUCUUUCUCACUUUACUGAUCCAGCUGUGGUGAAGGACAAGCUUGCAAUCGCAGAAACAGCAAAAAGCUCUACCAAAAGGAACCUCGAUGCCCUCCAUCUAAACCUCGAAGAUGCACUCAGCCCGUUCUACGCCAUGCAGUCUUUUAUGAGCUCUUCUGCAACUGCAGAUAUGUUCUUUCAGCCUUCUUUCCUAGCAAACCAGUAUCCCAUCCUGGAUCUCCCCUCUGAAGGCGCCUUGUCUUCGCGGCUCGCCAGGCAAUUGAACGACCUGAUGGUAGAGCUGGUGGAAACUUCAAACUCUAUGGGCCAUGAUAGUGAAGGCCUGAAUAGGCCGCUUGAUAUCUCUAGCUUAAUUCCGCUGUUUACAACUUCCAAUCUUUCAAUUUUCAUCUCGGCUUACUUCCAAUCCCUUCACUGGCAUCUGCCGAUUGUACAUUUCCCAACAUUUGACCCUGGAAAUGUGUCAAACUCCCUCCUUAUCUCAAUUUUCUUGGCCGGAGCAAUAUACGCGACUUCUCAAGAUGGAACUGUCGUGCCACCUGGGCUGCUCGACGUAGUCGAGGAGUAUAUCUUUCGACGUGUGGCAAAUUUGUCGACAGCAUCAAUCCAUACCAGCCAACUCUCUCAAUUCUUCCCAGAACUCGAAAUUGUUCAAGCAGCCCUGAUAAUCGAGAUGCUUCAGUUUGGACAGGGGGGUAUGCAAACAAGACGGCGCAUCCGGAUCAUGAGACAUCCGUGUGUUAUCUCCUUGAUACGAUCAAUAGGCAUUUUCCAAUACAAACGAAGUACAACUCCCCAAAUCUGCGAUGAGCUCACUUGGAGGAAACGCAUAGCGGAGGAGGUCCUUGUACGGGUUUCCUGUUGGGCUUUCCUCGCGGACGGAUUUCUCACGGUCUGUUUUAACAACCAUCCUGCAUUGUCUAUCUUCGAGAUGGAUUGUGACUUUCCCUGGGACUCUACACUGUUCGAGGCCGAAAGUACAUCUGCAUUCAAUGAGCUUGUAGCUUCGACUAAUGGAGCACGGCCCUCACUUCCAACUAUAAGACAGUUUAUCACCCGUCUACUCGACACGGACAUCGGUGAUUUGGUCACAUGGAGUCGGUCACUUGUAGCAGAACACCUGCUACUGUUGAUGUACGCGAUGCACUCCCUGGCGUUUCAGGCAAGGACCGGCUUACUCGGAUGGAUUUCACCAAACGCUAUCAAGCUCGCUGCAGAUAAUUGGAAGCGAAUCUGGGAUUCAAUUGGUGACAUUGUUGACAAAGAGAAGACACAGAGUCUGGGUUAUCCCAAACAUGCAGAAGAGCUUUGGUGGCUUCUAAAUGCUACGCUCGACCGUACCGCUGGCCGGGACAAGAGUCUUCGCUACCUAGACACCGCAGCUACUGACGACUUGGGCAAGCUGAACGAGUUUAUUCAUAACGUUGCGGCGGAAGAAGGAACACCUUGA